AUGAAAGAAGGACUCUUAUUAAUACACCCUGCUAUUACAACAUUGCCUGAAGUACUUGAACAAUUUGAAAUAAAUGCGUUAAAACAGAACAUAAAAAUUAUACACCGACUUUUGAUUGAUAAAUUGGCAAAUGAUGCAAGUGGGAUAAGUGAUAACAAAUAUGAAGUAAUUAUUUAUUUGACACCAGAAAAGGAAGAUGAUGUAAAAUUUCCAGUAACCUUUAUUCCAAUCAUAUUUGGGAUGUUAAAUGAUAAUGGAUAUUUCUAUGGGUUAAGUGAUAAAUACAAAUUACCAGCUUUGGUUAAUGGAUUUGAAAUUGACAAGGAAAAUAACAAAUCAAGUACAACGUUAGCAUAUCGUUGGAGAAAGAAAACUAAUUAUGAGACUAACCAAACAGUAGGUUUAGUCAAUAGGACAAUUUCAAAUAUUAACAGAAACUCAAAAAAAUAUUCUAAAACAAAAUUGCCUUCAUUUAAAAAAAAACUAAUUUCUGUGGGUAAAAAUGUAGAUAUAGAUAAUAUAUCCCAAAAUAUGACUGCCGUGUUAUCAACUCCGUUAAUAGAUGAUAAUAUAUUUGAUGAUAACAACGAAGAACUAGAAGGUGAUAGUGAUAAGCUGAAGUACUUUGAAAGUGCAACCACGGCUGAUUUUGAUGAUAUCGAAGAAGACUCAUUAUUAGAAAAAAAUAUUUAUGGUAUGGGAUCAGAUUCUAUUACAAUGCUUAUCUGCGGUAAAACUAAAACAAAAACCAAGAAAGCGUGUAAAGAUUGCUCUUGUGGUUUAAAAGAAGACGAACAAAAAGAGAUUAAUAAAAUCAGAAAUACCCAAAAAAGGGCUAUAAAAUUUUCCAAAGAAGAGUUGACAGAAGUUGAUUUUACCAUUGAAAGUAAACGAGUUGGAGGUUGUGGUUCUUGUACCUUAGGAGAUGCUUUCAGAUGUUCUGGAUGUCCUUAUUUGGGAUUGCCUGCAUUCAAACCUGGUCAGGCAAUCAAUUUGACUUCCAUUGUAGAUGAUUUGUGA